AACGUUUUUUCCUCACACAAAACAGGGAAUAAACCUGCCCAAGUUCGUUAUCCGGUACGCUGGUUGCUUGGCAUCCGCUCCGCCCGGAAACACGGUAGACACCUAUCCCUGCCAUGCUCUAUUUCCAUUUCAGAUACCUCUGUAAACUAGCCUACUGCCCUCGCCUUUGGUAAAAACCCAUGCUAAUAUACAAUAUUUUACAAGACAAGCAGUGUUUCACGUACUUUUGCCACCUCCAUCCCAUAACUAGAACUAUAUAACCGAUAGCAAAUUUCAGGCGAUAAAAAUAGGCGCUUAUACACAAAGAGAGUUUGCGCGUGCGCGGAGGGGUCCUCGAAGCUUUAAAUAAACGGGCGGGGCGCUCCGCCCCUUCCUUUCCAGCGUCGGCUCGUGGAGGCUGUUAGCAACCCCGGGCGGGAGCGUUACCACCAACCAUGGCCGAGGAAGGCAUUGCUGCUGGAGGUGUAAUGGAUGUUAACACCGCCCUUCAAGAAGUGCUUAAGACUGCACUUAUCCAUGAUGGUUUAGCCCGUGGAAUUCGUGAAGCUGCCAAAGCCUUAGACAAACGCCAAGCCCAUCUUUGUGUUCUUGCAUCCAACUGUGAUGAGCCCAUGUAUGUCAAGCUUGUUGAAGCACUUUGUGCUGAACACCAAAUCAAUCUGAUAAAGGUUGAUGACAACAAGAAGCUGGGUGAGUGGGUAGGUCUCUGCAAGAUCGACAGAGAAGGAAAACCCCGCAAAGUUGUGGGCUGCAGUUGUGUGGUUGUAAAAGACUAUGGCAAAGAAUCUCAGGCCAAAGAUGUCAUCGAAGAGUAUUUCAAGUGCAAGAAAUGAACGAAUAAAAUAUUUUGAGCCUGA